AUGCCUGAGUUUUCAAGACAAGUGGUAUCCCUGUUUUCGAAACGAGCGAGUGCCACGGAACCGGGAGGUCUGCUCGCUGGGAAAGACCCAACUGAAUUCAACCCGCUCGAACCAAUACGACUAUGGAUCGUUCAACUAGGAAUCAUCAUCUGUACGGCGACCCUUCUCUCGCUCGCCCUUCGUAAACUGCGCCAGCCAAAAGUCAUCGCUGAAGUGCUGGGCGGAAUCAUCCUCGGUCCCACAGCGUUCGGCCGCAUCCCAGGUUUCACGGAACACAUCUUCCCACACGAAUCCCGGCCCUACCUCAUGCUCACAGCCAACAUCGGCCUCUGCCUCUUCCUCUUCCUCGUCGGCCUCGAAAUCGAUGCUGGCAUCAUCAAGCGCAAUGCUCGCCUUUCGGCUAUGGUCGCGCUGGCGGGUAUGGUCCUACCGUUUGGCAUCGGCGCGGGCCUCGCUGUGCCCAUCUUCAACCGCUUCAUCGACGACGAUGUGGAGUUUACGCAUUUCAUGUUGUUCACUGGCGUGGCGUUUUCGAUUACGGCGUUCCCUGUCCUUUGUAGGAUUUUGACGGAGCUCAAGCUGUUGGAUACGACGGUGGGGAUUGUGGUGCUUAGUGCUGGUGUGGGGAAUGAUAUCAUCGGAUGGGUGCUUUUGGCGCUGAGCGUUGCGUUGGUGAACGCCGGUUCCGGUCUUACAGCUCUCUACAUCCUCCUCGUCUCAGUGGGAUGGACGCUCUUCAUCCUGUUCCCCGUCAAGUACGCCAUGAAAUGGUUCGCCAAAGUCUCUGGAUCCAUCGAAAACGGCCCGUCCGUCUUCUUCAUGACAGUGACGAUGAUCGUACUCUUUGGCUCAGCCUUCUUCACGGAUAUUAUCGGUGUACACGCUAUCUUUGGUGCCUUCCUCGCAGGCCUCGUGGUACCGAGAGAAGGUGGACUCGCCAUUUCGUUGACUGAGAAGUUGGAGGAUAUGGUAGCGGUUAUCUUCCUUCCCUUGUACUUCACUCUCUCAGGGCUGUCGACUGAUUUGGGUCUUUUGAAUGACGGUAUCACCUGGGCUUUCACCAUCGCUAUCAUCGUCACCGCCUUCCUCGGCAAGUUUGGUGGAUGUACACUCGCCGCGCGGUACGCGGCUCGAUUCGACUGGAGGGAGAGUAUGACUAUUGGCUCGUUGAUGAGCUGCAAGGGGUUGGUUGAACUCAUCGUCCUUAAUGUCGGUCUCGCUGCUGGCAUCCUCUCUCGGCGCGUGUUCUCGAUGUUCGUCCUGGAGGCACUCGUCCUUACCUUCGCCACUACACCCCUCGUGGUAUUUUUCUACCCGCCCGAGUUCCGUGUCCGAAUUGUCACCGCCAAUACGCACCAAAAGCACCACCACCACGGAGGCAAAGGUCAUGACAUCGAGAAGCCCGGAGCGCCCAAGGAGAAUCGCGAAUACAAGACCCGAUUCACAGUCGUGCUCGAUAAAUUCGAGCAUCUGGGAAGUAUCAUGGCGCUCGUCCAGUUGGUCAACCCUCCUCCGCCUCCGUAUUCAGAGGACCAGUUGAAGAAGAGGCCGUCUAUUGGCAGUGUCAAGUCGAACGCCUCGUCCACGGCUUCCAAGGAACUCAUCCCGCCCACCCGCAUCGAGGCUCUCCGCGUUUUCGAGCUCUCUGACCGAACAUCCGCAGUCAUGAAAUCCGCGACGGCCGAGACUAUCCUCCACUCCGACCCGCUGCUUUCGACGUUUAGGAUGUACGGCGUCCUGAACAACAUUGACACCCACCCUGCAGUUGCGAUCCUCAAGUUUGACGAGUUGGCGGCGGGUGUGGCUGAGCACGCGAAGGACAGCGGGAGUGAUAUGAUUUUGGUGCCUUGGUUGCCGCCUUCUCCUGGAGGAGGUGUCACUUCGAAUACAGGGGUGGCGUAUGUGAAUGAGAAGAUGGCUGCGUCGCCUACCCCUGGGACGGCGACGCCUGCGGUGCACGCUGAGGGCUCGGCGCCCGGUACGCCAGCUGCUAGAUCACCGACGUCUUCCAACCCCUUUGAGAUGCUCUUCAAAUCCACCCUGGGCGGUCCAGUAGUCCAAGAACUCCCCACCUCGGUCAUCCACUCCCAGUUCGUGCGAAGUGUGUUUAUGCAUGCCUCGACGGACGUUGCCCUGUUUGUCGACCAGUCGAUGAUCUCCGCCCGGACGGCUUCGUAUGGGAAUGUCACAUUUGGAGCGGGGAGCCGUCAGCAUUUGUUUUUGCCGUUCUUUGGAGGUCCUGAUGACCGGUUGGCCUUGGAGUUUUUGGUGCAGAUUGUGGAGAGGGAUCCGAGCUUGACUGCGACUGUGGUUAGGAUUACGAAGAGGGAGAAGGAUGAUAUGGAGAGGGCGGAGGGAGAGAAACCGCCGUUGCCGCAGAUGCCUACUAUCUCUUCGGAAAUGCCCGGAGACUUCCCUGAUACUUUCUACGGUGAACAAACGACGCAGACUCGACUUCAAUCCGAUACCGCUGAUAACCUCGUUUGGGGACGCUUUGUUCCUUCAUCGAGUGUCGCCGGAGACGCGAUUCAGGAGGAGGACAAGGAGGACAAGGAGGAAUCCGGGAGCGACUCUAGAUCUUCGACAUCAUCUUCCUCGCUUGCGCUCUCGACCAGCAUCCCGAGAAUAGACUUCAAACAAAUUGAUACCCACGCACCGCUACACGCUGCUCUCCAAGAGGCGCUCAAGUACACUGCUAAUGCGAUUACGACUGAUGACACGACUACGACACGACCUGACGACAAUGGAAGUACUGAUGAUAAUAAAGUUGAAGAUGAGGGAUCUUCGAGUGGAAGGGACGACGACGGAGUAAUUGCGCUUGAGCACCGACAGAAGGAUGCCAAGACUACGCAGACGGCUGCUACUACACAGACUGGUAAUACUGGACGACGGAAGCUUCGUGGCCCGCUCAUCGUCCUCACUGGCCGUUCGAGGCGGUUGGCUGUUGAGAACCAUAGGAAGGAGUUGACCGAGUUGAUGGAUGAGUUUGGGCCUAUUGGAGCGGAGGUUAGGAAGACUGUUGGGGAUGUUGCGACUGCGUUUGCUGCUGCGGGUGUGGGUAAUGGUGUUGUUGUUUUCCAGGCUGCUGUACAGUGA